AUGUCGAAAAACCAAAGCCGGUUGGAUCCAGAGAAGAGCAGAGGGAAGUUGAAACCUAUGCGCCACUUUCGGAGCCCGGUUGAGAAGAAUCGUGUAGACCAAGCAAGUAACCGGAGAGUCACCGUUCAGAUUAUCUUCUAUGAAAUCCGACAGGAUUUUAGAUCCGUUAGUAAUGAGAUUCACGGACCGGUGGUGACGGUCUUCGGCUGUGGAAACGCCUCCGUCGGAGAAAGUAAGGAAAGAGAAAUUGUUGUGGUGCCUUUGGCCUUUGCGGAUUUGACAUAUGAAUGA